CACCCCCUACGGUAGUUCUCCCACCACGUUCAAAGCCCGUUGGAGCCCAUGAAGCGCGGCCUGGAGCCACGGCGGUCACGCGCGCGAUACCGUGGGCACCAGCCCCAUACAGUGGAGACUAGGUCCUACUUGUGCGCCCGAGCGCGGGCUGGGUGGCGCGAACACCCCUUUCCGACCUCCCACCACCGUACCAGGAUUAGCCAUGCACACGACGGCGACGCUCUUCCUGAAGACACUCGCCGACUGCGGCAUCACGCAUGCCUUCGUGAACUGGGGCUCGGACCACCCGGCGCUGCUCGAAGAGCUCGAGCGCGAGCGGGUUGAGGAGGGGCAGACGGCAGUCGAGAUCGUGACGUGCCCGAGCGAGAUGGCCGCGUUGAGCGCGGCUCAGGGAUAUGGGCAGGCGUGCGGGAAGCCCGCGGCAGUGAUUGUGCAUACAGAUGUGGGAACGCAGUCGCUCGCAGGCGCGGUUCAUAAUGCGGACAAGAGUCGGACGCCCGUGCUAAUAUUCGCGGGUGCGUCACCGUCAGUAGUUGAUCAGAAUGGUGUAAGAGGAAGGAGGAAUGAGUGGAAUAUGUAUACCCAAGACAUACACGACCAGUCUGCCAUCGUUCGGCAGUACAUGCGUAUCACUGCGCAAAUUGAUACCCCUAAGAAUACCCCGCAAAUGGUACGGCGUGCUCUUCAGAUCUGUACGAGCGAGCCCCAAGGUCCCGUAUACCUCUGGGCGCGCCGCGAAGUCAUGGAGGCAGAGAUUGAGGAGACAUCGCUUAUCGCUUCCUUCGGCAUGCAUCAUUGGCCACCUAUCGAACCUCCCGCCCUCUCUGAAUCUGUUGCCAAACGCGUUGCUCAAGCUCUCUCCAGUGCUCAGUCCCCUCUCAUCGUCACUUCCCACCUAGGCCGGAACCCCGCCGCGGUCGACUCCCUCCUUGCGCUCUCCAUACUCCUCGCCCUUCCCAUCGUCGCCACUUGUCCCACGGUUGUCAAUACCCCCUUCUCGCAUCCGUACUUCUGCAAGAUCACCUACCUCCAGCCCGGAACACAUUGCCCCCUCAUCCGCCGCGCGGACGUCAUCCUCGUCCUCGACGCCGACAUCGCCUGGAUUCCCGCGACGGGCGAUGUCCCAAAUGCGCUCGCGCGCGUGUUCGUGCUGAACAGCGCGGACCCGCUGAACACGAACGUCGGGUACUGGCACCUUGACGCAGAGCUCGUGGCGAAGGUCGACGCGGCAACCGCGCUCGAGCAGAUAUUUGCAGAGGUGCGCGCGCUUGACGAGGUCGCGCGCGACGUCGGCAAACCGAUACUGCGUACCAAGGCCGUCCUUGACCGUGGGAAGCGCAAGGCGAAGAUGCACGGGGACUAUGUUUCCGCGCUCGAUGCGGCGGAGGCGCGCGUUGAGGCGGGGUUGAGCGUCCCAAAUGUGCUAGGAACGCUGAGGGGGCUGUUGGAGGGCAAGAGAGCGCUGGUGUUGAACGAGGGGGUGUCGAAUUAUCCGGCGGUGUGGGAGCAUCUGCGACCGGAGGUUCCAGGGAGCCACUUCACGUCGGGCGGGUCGAGUUUGGGAUGGGCUUUGGGAGCUGCAGUGGGGAUGCAUCUAGGGAAGACGGUCGCGGCGGUGACCGGCGACGAGACGGCGCGGUUCGACAUCGUCGUUGCGGUUGUCGGCGACGGCUCGUUCGUCUUCGGCGCACCCAGCGCGAGCUAUUGGAUGGCUAGACGAUAUGAUACCCCAUACCUCACCAUCGUCUUGAACAAUGGCGGGUGGAAGGCUCCUGGGCUCUCCAUGCUCGGCGUACAUCCUUCCGGAUAUGGCUCUAAAGCCGCAAGCGCGAAGCGCCUCUCGAUGGCAUUUGGUCCUGACUGUCCGGACUACGCCCAAAUCGCCGUCGCUGCGUCGGGGAAUACCGCCUGGGGGCGGCGUGUUGUGGGUGAUACACCGAUGGAAGAGUUAAAGAGGCAUCUAUCGGAGGCGAUUUCAGUGGUAGUGAAAGAGGGACGAUGUGCCGUGCUGGAUGUGCAAAUUGAGAAGAUCUAAGUGUCGAUUAGGGUUGACGUACUACGAGCUACAAGGAGUGUACGCCGCGAGGUAUGUUUGACUGUGUUAUACCCAGCGCUGCAAUGCUUUCCUGAAGUCGUG